GCGAUGUUCGAGAAGAGCUUGACGUCAUUAUUGGCUGGGUGUCAAGCAGCCUCGGUUUGGGGGCCAGUCGUCACGUGCGGUCUGAGUAUAUAAACUUUUCAUUUAGGGGGCUUUCUCAACAUUUAAACCUAUAUUUCCCCUUUGUGUUAACGGAGAAACAUACUCCGACGAUCAAGUGAAAACAAUACAACCAGGUAGGCGUCACCCCAGUUUUUUAUUCGGCUUUGUCAUUUAUAUGUAUAUGGUUUUGAUUAGAAUAUUUCUUAAUUGAAAGGGUUGUUGACUCAAUAGUCAUCUUUGAAACCUUUUAAGGGUGUUUAUCUUUAUAUCAUUUGAUAUAGUUCAAGCAUCAAAAGUAAGUACGCUCCAGUUUUUAAGUAUUGUACUGAAAUCUAACAACUAAAAUCAAAUAUUUCAUGACUAUAGAUUAGAAUACAUGUUCAAAGUAUUAAACGGUGAUUUCCUAUUGCGAGGCUUCAUGUAAAGUUUAUUUGUUUUAAGUUAACGUUAAUUGCCCGAGAAUCUCAGGUGCUUUGAAAAGGUAAUGUUUGUAAACAAAAGCACGUGAAUUCCUCAUCGAGUCUAUUUUUAGACGGAACAGAAAGGAGGGUCAAAGGUCAAUAGGUCACUUGUAGGAUUGCCAGACAGUUUUCCUCUUGCACCCGAUAAAACAGCCCUCCCCUUCCAUUAGAACAGGUAGUUUUUCUGCGCACUUGGCGAGGCGCUCCCUUCAUUUUUGCACACGGCUUGGAAACUAACCCGCGUACAAUGUGUUUACUCCUAGAUAAACCUAUGCUACCCUCGUCAGUGACGUCUUUCCACCGCCAACUACACAGCGAUCGCCGUUUCGGGAUGUCCUCACCGUCCUCUUGUGGCACGUCCGCGGUGCCAGUGGCAGCGGUGGCCGGAGUCAGGGCUUCACCCCCUCCGUCAACGCCAGCAGCGACCGCCGGACAUUCCACGGGCGUGUCCUUUUCGCCGGACGCCCAGGUCCAGAAGUCGGUCUUGGAGCACCUUUUUGACCGUCAGCUGGAGGAGGGCGACUUCUGGUACGUCAUCGUCGCCGAGUGGCUGGAGCAGCUGAAGAAGUACGUCGGCAUCAACAGCUCGAGGAAGUACUACGGCCAGCGAGCGUCGUCUCCGCCCGGGCCAAUCGUAACACGAAGAGACUAUGCGCACACAGUGGACGUCGUGCACGAAGACGCCUGGCGCAUGUUGGUGCAGUGGUACGGGAUAGCGGAUGGCCACAAAGCGAUGAAACUCGUCGUCUACAGAUAUGCACGAGGACCGGAGAUCGAGCACAACAUAAACUCCUUUAAAGUGAUGUUGAGCACCUCGCCGCCGGAGGAUUUUCAUAUAGUUCGCUUCAGCAAGAUGGAGAAAGUCGGUCACGUGGAAUAUAGAGCGCGCCAGCUGUACUCCAUUCCGGCGAGCCAGGAGUCGCGCAUGUGGGCCAAACCUGAGGCGGAUGCCGAGUGGAGACUCGUGCUUUGCAGAGAAAAGGCCAUUGGUGUAGUCCUGGACAUGGAUUCUGAUUUCACGAGGCCGGUCAUUGCACUGGAGAUGACAGAUGCCGAUGGCAAGUGGGCGGGGGCGCCUGAACAGAUUGAAGCGCCCGAAGACGAACGAGCCCGAGGACAUCUCCUAGAGCACAGCAUGUUCGAUGACGCCACGACACCCUGGGAACUGGACAUUCAUGAACAAAUAGAUCACAUUGGGAAAACGUUUCUUGAGAAGUUACAUGGUAACUUUAAUGUAUUUGUGCAGGUGAGUGUGAUAGCAAGUUAACGUGUUGCAUUUUGUGUUCAUAAUUUGUAUGAGUCAUCUUAUUUUGAUACAUUUUUAUCUUUUAAUUUUUUGAUUUCCCAAUGUGGCAGUUUUAUAAUCAAAGUUAAAAGUUCAUACCUUCAUAAUUUGUGUUUCAAAUUCAAAAUGUAUUUAAGAUUUAAAAAAUACAAUUAAAAUAAAAUGAUUUUUAAAACGUUGCGUUAAUUUUGUAUGGUCAGUUAUUACUAUUGAUGCAAGUCUUAUGGAAUUAAUAGCUACACAGUUUAUUAUUAUUGGUGGGUAAGUAGAUGUAAUCAACUUCUGCACGUUGCAAAGCUACUAUUAUAAAUGGCAGAAUAUAUUCUUGUUAACAUGGUGCUGACUAAAAUGAAUGUUGCUCAAUGUGUACGCAUACUAUUAAAUCAUGUUCCAGAGAGCCAAAGAUUACAUUGAAGAUCGUGAGUGUCAACUUAGGGAGCGAGAGCGCCAGGUGUGUGCUCGCGAAUCUGUUACAGAGCGCCUAAGUACCCGACUUGAGUUGAAAGAAUUUAGGCUAAGUGAAGAAAUGGCUACUUGUGAAAAGAAAAUCAAGGUAAAAAAUUGAUUUCGAUCUGUGUCAUUAAAAAAAAAAAAUCUUAAUGAAUUUUGCUAUUAAAAAGGGGGACAGUUUAAAAAAAAUCUAUUUGUCAAUAAGUAUUGUAAAAAUGAUAUCUCCAGUUUGCCUGAGCAGAAUCAUCUACAUUCUACCUUAUCAAAUUCAAUGCUACUCUCACAAAACAGAAGUAACCACAAAGUUAGCAGUCAAACCUUUAGCUACAUGAAAAAUAUAUUUUAAGCCUUGAAGUAUUGCAGCUAGAGGUCGGGGUAUACAACACGAAUAAUACAAUAAAUAAAUUCAAUUUUAUUUAUUUACUUGUCCGUAACAAAGAUAUGAAACUACAAUUAAAUUGAAACGAAAUAAGAAGAUGAAAGGAAAAAUAAAAUACGUAUUUAAUGUAACAAUGCAAAGUAGAAGUUUUCCCCAUUCUUAUAGAUUUCAAGGAAAAAAUAUAUUGAUGCAUUUAAACUUACAAUCAUCCGCUGUUUCUCUUGUUCACACAUAUAGGAAUAUGAAAGUAGACGGAUAGAACUUGACAGAGAAUUCACCGAAAAACAGGAGGAGGCGGCAAAAGUUAUACACGAGAAAGAAGAGGAGUUGAGAGUUCAUAGGGAGGAACUGCAAACAGAGAAAGAAAGAUUUCAAAUGGAAUUAAAGGUGUGUAAUUAUUUUAAUUAGGUUUAAGAAUUUAAUCUAUACACAGCUAAAAAAAAUUUUUAUUUCCCCCCCCCCCCCAAAUAACUUUGAAAGAUGUCUCCAAAUAUUAAAUCAAAUAUUAAUUUAAACAAUUUCAAAUUGGGGAUAAAGGGGGGACAAAGCAACUCAUAGCACUCCAAAAAACUCACUCCAAAAAUUCAUUGUACCAUGUCUCAGCUCGUUGAUUCGUUUCUAUUGAGUUUAUUUCUGAAAUGUCCACAGAGAAUGUCAGAACUGAGUAAAAUUCAAGAAAGUCGUAUCAAACUGGACAUUGGAGGAAACUUGUUCACCACUUCCUUACUCACGCUGACCAAAGACCCAAAUUCCAUGUUGGCGGCCAUGUUUAGGUAAAAAUCAACGUAUUCUCGAGACGUCAUCAGAAUUGAGUUUCAUGCCCAACACAACACGCAUGUAGUCCAUAGUUAUAUUUCCAAAAGACAUCAGGAAAAGAAGGAGAAGAAAAAGGGGGAGGGGGUGACGGGGGUUGGGAAUUUUAUUAAUUUUAUUGCCUACGUCUACUGUAUACAUUCUAUUUACCCUUUGAACUAUGUUGGAUUCAUAGAUCAUAAUCAUAGUAUAAUCGAUAUUUUAAUUCGUUACGUUGCCAGAAAUAUGCAAUAGGCCCAUAGACCUGCUAUUUGCAGACGUUGUUAAUACUUUCUGUAGAGUAGGCCUGCGUCUUUUAAUGUAUUAUCUUUAUACUCUUUUAUUCUCCAGUGGGCGCCACGAACUCAAAACCGAGGCAGACGGUAGCUAUUUCAUCGACAGAGAUGGAACCCACUUCCGAUAUGUCCUGAACUACCUGCGCGACGGGUGUGUCAAAGAAGGGACGCUACCCAUGAGUGAGACGAUGUGGCGAGAACUUCAAACAGAGGCCGAGUUUUAUCAGCUCGAAGAGUUUGCUUGUUUUCUAAGAGAGCUUUUAAGUAAAAGAGAUGCUGAAGGUUGAAGCCGGCUAAAUUUAUAAAAAAAAACGUGUUGAUGUUGCAAAAAAAAAAAGUAUCUUGUGAUAGGCCUGCUUUAAUAUUGCAAUCAGUUUUAUCCGGUGACUCUAACGUUGAAUUGCACGAUGUUUCAUGGAAUCUGUAAUAAUAGUGUUAAAAACCCGUGAUGCAUUUAAAUUUACUUUACUUAUUCAUUAUGAAAAUAAAGUUCCUAAUAUAUUUUUUUACAAGAUUUCAUUCUUAUUUAUUUAUAUAUAAUAUGGUUAACUUUGAAAUUUGAUUACACAUCAGUGACAUUGAAUCGUUUGUUCUACUUACAGCCGUAAGUCCAUCGCAUUUAAUUUAAAUAUAAAAUGAUCUUAUGAUAAACUUUUUCAAUUGCGCCUUAAAUUCAUGAAAAAAAUGUGGACCUUAAAGAAAAAAAUAGAAAUUAGGAACUUGGAAAUGGCAAUAAAUAGUAAUUUAUUACGAUUUUGGUCUCAAGCAUUACCAAUAAAAUUUAUUUUUUAUGUUAUUCUUACCAUUGUUUUUUUUUAUCUGUGCUACCAAUAAGACCAAUGGAAAGAACAAUAAAACAGUCUUUCUGAAGA